AUGGAGUUCCGCGCGCUGCCCUUGGCUGAUGAAGCCUCCGAGCGGCUCAAGCAAUUAACGAGGUCAUUUAAGGUCUGCUAUGGGCGACCGCCAACGGGCGUAGCUCGUGCUCCUGGCCGUGUGAACCUCAUCGGAGAGCAUGUGGAUUACGAGGGGUACGCGGUGCUGCCCAUGGCAAUCGAGCAGAGCAUCUACGUGGCCUUUAACAUGCUGAAAAGAAGCAGUACGGGAGGCAUAGUCUUAAGUGUGGCAAACGCGAAGUCACAAUACAAAACUGUUACGUUGUCACUGAGUGAGAAAGAACAGCAAACGCUCAAGCAACAAGGGGCAACAUGGGCAUCCUACGUGUUGUGUGGUGUAAUGGGGGUUCAAGACGCUCAUCCAGACUCAUUCAAGGGGCAGAAUAUCGAGCUACAGAUGUUUGUGGAUGGAGACAUCCCUGCUGGCUGUGGCUUGUCCAGCUCCAGUGCGUUGGUUGUCGCCUCUGCCUUGGCCACGAGUAGCGCACUGCAGCUGUCAAUGACGAGAGCGGAGCUAGCCGAGCUCUGUAGACGUGCAGAACAUCGUGUAGGGACCAUGGGAGGCGGGAUGGACCAAGCAGCGGCGUGCUUGGCUCAGCGUGGCGUGGCGCUGCACCUUGAUUUCUCAUCUACCCCACCGAUAAGUAAACCUGUCAACGUUCCGGAUGCUGCCGCUGGAGUGACGUUCGUCGUUGCCAAUAGUUUUGUGGUGGCGGAGAAAGCUGUCGACGCGGCAACUCAUUUUAACAAACGCGUCGUGGAAUGUGCGCUCGCUGCGAAAAUGAUAGCCAAAAAGGCAGGAAUCAAUGACUGGGAAAAGAUCACACGGCUCGUGGAUGUUCAUAAGUCAUUAAAAGGCAGGAUUUCCUAUCGCGAGCUGCAAGAACUAGCGUCCAGUUCGUGUCCUUUGAAGGAGUAUUCAGCUGCUGAGAUCGAAGUCGAGCUUGGUAAGCCGAUUCUCGAGCUUUUCAGGGGAUCGUCACUGGAAGCGGCUGUAAUGCGUCGUCGUUCAAGCUACAACAGCGAGCUCUGCAUGUUUGGAGCGAGGCAGAACGAGUGGAGCACUUUCAAGAAUUAUGCGCUGCACUGGCGGAAGAAGGUGAACGAUUGCUGGAAGAUGCAACGUUGCAAAAUCAGUUGCGAAGUCUUGGAGAAGUCAUGA